CCUAGUGGUACUCUUCUACUUUUCGACAGCCAAUUCAGCAUUGAUUUGAACCAGGUCAUGCUAUCCAUUUUAACCUGUUCUGCCGGUAGUAUUCGUGAAGCUCUCGCACUCGUCUUAGCUCACUCCUCCUCUCUCGGUAUCUCUCAUCAAUUGUGCCAUCGCAGUCUUCCAGCUAAAUAUGUUCAUGGUACAAGAAUGCCAGAAUCUCACGUUCACCCGCUGUCAAUCGAGAAUUGGUCGCGUCUAUCAAUAAAUCAACCUGGGUCGUUCGACGCCUCGCAUGACGAUUGUCGAAAACAUAGGGUCGUUUGAACUGCUGAGCUCGUGGGCUCUAUCCCUUUGCUCAAAUCACGAAAUCUUAACAAGGGUCUCAGUUGAGGUUGUGGUCGAGCGAGCGCUUCGUCAGGGCCCAGAGAUGACUUCUGGGGCCGGGGUCUGGUCGUCAUAUAGGCCCGGGAUUUUGGGUAUCGCGCGCGUCAAAGGAACUCCGCAACAUCCACGGCGGACCGCAUGGGUCUCUGAGGCAAGACAUAUAUUCAUUGAAGACAUGAGGGUUUGAACACCUCCUAGUUAGUUGGACUUGCCCACAAUCAAUUACCUCAAUGAUACCCAGAUACCUACCUAGGUAGUCGUUGAUAGCUCUUAUCAGUGCAUCGCAUGUUUGUCGAAGAGAUAGCAAGAGCUGGCACUCAACCAUGGUGGAUACGAGGUCCACUUGAUCAAAACAGGUCGAAGUGAACGGUUAGAGAAGGAUUAGGCAUAAAGGGGCGAGCUGAAGUAUUUGGCUUGCACUCCAGGGAGUAUGUGGCUGGUUACAUUACUUCACCAACGCUAUUUAACGCCAAAUGCUCUUCUGUAGGACAGAGGGGAUAAGUCGUCUUCGGAUGUGUGAGGCUUGAGUAUCGGUAAUGCCAGUCACGUGCUGACGGCCAAGCGACUUCUGCCGAGCAGCUUCGGAACAUGACCAGCAGUCAAGCUCUCAAUCUCGUUCAAUCAUCCGAUCACAGCCUCAGAUUAUUCAACCUGUCUGCCAUCUGGACGCCGGCAAUGUCAGUCAACAUGAUCCCUCGAAGGGCUCUGCAGACCAGCGCCCGGCGAUUGAUCAGUGUCAACACUUCGACCUUUGGCAAGACCCCUUUGUCGAGAUUACCAGCACCCGCAGCCAUCGCUCUGGGUAGAAAUGUUCAGUAUAGGUCAGAACUUAGCCCUUGAACGCGACAUAGUACCGUCCCCUCGGAGGAGUGUCAGGAUCCUGCGCCCGUGGCACCGUCUCGAAACAUAUUAUGCUGACCAGCACUCUACUUACAGACCAGCUUCAUCAUCGACCGUCUCGCAAUCACAAGGUCAAGAAAUCCUCGCUCAGCAACGGCUGAAUCGACCUGUGUCGCCGCAUCUCACCAUCUACCGACCACAAGUAACAUGGUACCUCUCUGCCCUCAAUCGAAUCACAGGCGUGACGGUGUCAGGCGCCGUGUACGCCUUCGGAGCCGCAUACCUCGCCGCACCUCUUUUCGGAUGGCACCUCGAGUCUGCUUCGCUCGCAGCAAGCUUCGCCGCCCUUCCCAUCCUAGUCAAAGUUGGAUUCAAAGCCUUCUUCGCAUUCCCUUUCGCCUUUCACAGUUGGAACGGACUGAGACACUUGCUUUGGGAUACUGGCGCUGGCAUUACGAAUAAACAAGUCAUUUAUACUGGCUGGACUGUCGUUGGGCUUAGCGUGGCCAGCGCGUUGGCCUUGACCUUCAUGUGAGGGGCUGAACUGUCGUUGGAAGUGGCUUCAUGUGUAAAUAGGGUCUUGUGCGAAGAAGAAUGACUACAAUCAAUAUGAGACACAUUUCCCUCUCUCCCAGUUCCAGUUGUUCACAUGUCGGAAUUUAACGUCUGAUCAUACUGCCACGUUGGGGAGUGCGGACUACCGAGAUAAUGCUGAAUUGUCUCCGGAAAAGACAGAGCGCGCCGUAUACCUUGGAGAUCAUGGGCAUAUUUGUGAUAUGAGGUCUCUCAUGAGUCCUGUUGCUGGAGCAAUCCCAUAAGCCGUCGAGGGCUCCCAUGCCAUAAGAACUGACUCGUGGACUGGAGUUCCAAAGCCUUUUAGGUAAAGGGUGCCGUAAAUCUUGCAUUCUAUUACAAGGGCGGAUGGGUGCCGAGAGGCCCCGAGGCCCUGGAAUGCCCGUACACUUUAAGCACCGAACAGUAAUCCCUACUCUGAGGUCCCUAGUAUCUAAGCCAAGACCAAGUAGGUAGGUAGGUAUGCCGCAUAGGAGUGGGCACAUUAACUGACAGGUCAGUUAAGAGUGGCGAGUUAGGC